CGGUGUAGUAACAAUUUAGGACUCUGAGCGCCGCUGUUCACCAACUGAAAGAAAAACUCCCGGAUCCAUCCGGAUUUUCCUGUCAGCACCUACACAAAGCCUUGCACAUCCUACAAACUGGCUCCCGGACUAUAGCAAAACUCAACCUUCUAAUUUGGACCACUCUGACUUUCUCCUGAGGAGUAAGUAUCAUCUGACAGUUGGAGAAAGAAAAGAAGAGCCUAAGGAGUCAUCGAGCAGAGAGAACAUUCUGAGAAAAUUCCGUAGCAAAAGCAACAAUGGCUGCCCCGACCAGUCGCCCGCACUGCAGAAGACUGGUCCUCUUGUGUGUGCUGCUGGGGAUGCUGUGGGAGGCCAGAGCCGGGCAGAUCCGCUAUUCCGUGCCAGAAGAGACAGAAAAGGGCUAUAUAGUGGGAAACAUCUCUAAGGACCUGGGGCUGGAGACCCGCGAGCUGGCGGAGCGCGGAGUUCGCAUCAUCACCAAAGGUAAGACCCCGCUUUUCUCUCUGAGCCUGCGGAGCGGUUGUUUGGUCACCGCGGGCAGGAUAGAUCGGGAGGAACUGUGCGCUCAGAGCGCACCUUGUCUCCUAAGCUUUAAAGUCCUAGUUGAAGACAGAGUGAAACUUUAUGGGGUGGAAGUAGAAGUGAUUGAUAUCAAUGACAAUGCGCCAAAAUUUGAGGACCAAAAUUUGAUUGUAAAGAUCAGUGAAAUCGCUGCCCCUGGAGCAAGGUAUCGACUCCCAGAAGCGGUUGACCCAGAUGUGGGCAUAAACUCCCUCCAGAGUUACCAACUCAGCCCCAACCGGCACUUCUCUCUCCACCUGCAAACCGGAGACGACGGAACUAUAAACCCAGAGCUGGUGCUGGAGCGCAUCCUGGACCGAGAGGAAGAGCCCUCACACCACCUGGUCCUCACCGCCACAGAUGGUGGCGACCCGCGCCGCUCCAGCACAGCGCUCAUCCAGGUCACAGUGUUGGAUACCAAUGACAAUGCCCCUGUUUUUGACCAACCUGUUUACCGUGUGAAAGUCCUUGAGAACGUGGCCCCGGGCACCCUGCUGCUUACAGUGAGAGCUAGCGACCCGGAUGAGGGUGCCAAUGGGAAGGUGACAUACAAGUUCCGGAAAAUUAAUGAAAAACAAUCACUAUUAUUCCAUCUUCAUGAAAACACGGGGGAAAUGACAGUAGCGAAAAAUCUGGACUAUGAAGAAUGUUCAUUGUAUGAAAUGGAAAUACAGGCUGAAGAUGGUGGGGGACUGAAAGGGUGGACCAAAGUGGUAGUUAUGGUAGAAGAUGUAAACGACAAUCGACCAGAAGUGACCAUUACAUCUCUGUUUAGCCCAGUAAGGGAAGAUGCUCCCCCAGGGACAGUAAUCGUCCUUUUUAACGCUCAUGACCAAGAUUCUGGAAGGAAUGGGCAAGUUGUCUGUUCCAUCCAGGAGGACCCAUCUUUUAAGUUAGAAAACUCAGUAGACGAUUACUAUAGGUUGUUGACAGCCCAGAUUCUUGAUCGAGAAAAGGCUUCUGAGUAUAACAUCACAGUGACAGCAACAGACAGGGGAACCCCAUCCAUGUCCACAGAAGUUCACAUCACCCUGUAUGUGGCUGACAUCAAUGACAAUCCGCCUGCUUUCUCUCAAACCUCCUACUCAGUCUAUCUCCCCGAAAACAACCCCAGAGGCACCUCCAUCUUCUCAGUUAGUGCCCACGACCCUGACGAAAAUGAGAAUGCUAAGGUUACUUAUUCCUUGGUGGAAAAUACCAUCCAGGGGGCACCACUCUCCUCCUACGUCUCCAUUAAUUCUGAUACUGGCGUGCUCUAUGCUCUACAAUCCUUUGACUAUGAGCAGUUUCGAAACCUGCAAAUGCAGGUGAAGGCAAGUGACAAUGGGCAUCCACCACUCAGCAGCAAUGUGUCCCUGUCUGUGUUCCUAUUGGAUCAGAAUGACAAUGCUCCCAAGAUCCUGUAUCCCUCCCACCCAACUGAUGGCUCCACUGGUGUGGAGCUGGCUCCCCGCUCAGCAGAGGCUGGGUAUCUGGUGACCAAGGUGGUAGCAGUGGACAAAGACUCUGGACAGAAUGCUUGGUUGUCUUACCGUCUGCUCAAGGCUAGUGAGCCAGGACUUUUCACAGUGGGGCUACGCUCAGGUGAAGUACGCACAGCUCGGGCCCUUCUAGAGAGAGAUACACUCAAGCAAAGCCUUGUGGUAGCUGUACAGGACCAUGGCCAGCCCCCUCUUUCAGCUACCAUCACUCUGACGGUGGCUGUGGCAGACAGCAUCCCUGACAUCCUGGCUGACUUGAGCAGUAUCAACACUCCUGCAGACCCUGAUUCUGACAUUACUCUCUACCUGGUGGUGGCAGUUGCUGUGGUCUCCUGUGUCUUCCUACUCUUUGUACUGGUGCUGCUGGCACUUAGGCUACGGCGCUGGCAUGCUUCGCACCUGCUGCAGGAUGCAAUGGGUAGAUCCACUGCGGUGCCAACAUCACAUAUUGUGGGUGUGCAUGGCGUUCAGACUUUCCUACAAACCUAUUCUGAAGAGUUUUCCCUGACACCUGACUCUGGGAAGAGCCACCUAAUCUUCCCCCAGCCCAACUAUGCAGACACACUCAUCAGCCAGGAGAGCUGUGGGAAAAGUGAACCUCUGUGCAGUUCAGUUGAGUCCAAAUUUCCAAUUGAUGACACUCCUUUGGUUCCUGUGAGUUCUGGGGGUUUUUUCUUUAUUAAGUAUGACAAUUCACUCUUAGUCUUGUUAAGCUGAUAUUUACAUAUUUGUAACCACUCAAGUUUUCAUUGAGUCUAAGCUUCACCCACAACAUCUAGAAGGUUUAUUGA